AUGCCGCUCCAGACGUCCUUCAAGCUCAACUCGGGCUACGAAAUCCCGGCGAUUGGUCUGGGCACAUGGCAAUCCGAGCCCAACGAAGUGAAGAACGCCGUCGAAGCGGCUCUGCGCGCCGGCUACCGCCACAUUGACGGCGCUGCCGCCUACGGAAACGAGAAGGAGGUUGGCGACGGCAUCAAGGCCUCGGGCGUCGACCGCAAGGAUAUUUUUCUCACUAGCAAGCUCUGGAACACGCACCACGCGCCUUCGGACGUCGAGGUGGCGCUCGACAAGUCCCUGGCCGACCUGCAGACCGACUACCUCGACCUGUACCUGAUCCAUUGGCCUGUCGCCUUCCGCAACGUUGACAAUGUCGAGCGGUUCCCCGUCAACGCCGAGACUGGGCAGAUUGACGUCAUUGACGUGCCCGUUGCCGACACCUGGAAGGCGCUCGAGGCCGUCGUGCGCUCGGGCAAGGUCCGCUCCAUUGGCGUGUCCAACUUUACGCGCGAGCGCAUCGAGAAGCUCUGGGAGACGGCCGAGAUCCGCCCGGCCGUCAACCAGAUCGAGGCGCACCCGUACCUGCAGCAGCCUGCAUUCCUCAAGUGGCAGCACGACAACGGCAUUGUGGUGCAGGCCUACAGCCCCAUGGGCAACAACAUCUACGGCAAGCCGCGCGCCAUUGACGAUCCCAAGGUCAUUGCGCUGGCCCAGACGAUUGGCCAGACGCCCGCCCAGAUGCUCAUCAGUUGGGCCGUGCAGCGCGGCACCGUGGUGCUGCCCAAGUCCGUGACGCCGAAGCGUAUUCAGCAGAACCUCGAGGUCAAGGAGCUUCCGCAGAGCGCGCUCGACACGCUGGCCGCGCUCGACAGCCACUCACGCUACAACUUCCCCAAGCGUCUAGGUGUCAACAUCUUUGGCGAGUGGAGCGAGGCCGACCUCAAGGCCGCUGUUAAGGAGUGGGUGGAGUCGCAGCGGAAGCUGAAGCAGUAA